CAGUAUACAAGACUCGCCUAUAUCAAGUUACCCCACACCUACUUUCGACACCCAUCGCCGACCACCAUGAUCUUCACUCCGCGGCUUCCAGCACAGACCACCUUCUACCCCUCGCCAGACGCAAUCUUCAUUACACAAUCCAGCAUGUCUGACACUGUGAAGUGCGCUUCCAGUGAGGCCAACGGCGGCACUUGCUCAUGGCCAACAUGUGGCUGUGCUGAGCCCCCAAGAAGCAAAUGACUGGCUGUCAUUCAGCCAGCGCAUGUCUCUUACCCGAUUCAUCAGCCACAUAUAUACAGCUGUACAUUAUAAUGUAGCCUCAUCUUGUUUGUAUAUCAGUCGUCGUCGUGCGCCGACAGGACAUCUAUCUAUC